AGAGGACAGAUGGCGACACCUAAAGAGAUCCUCUUGGGAACUUUGGAGGAUUUAGGAGCCGAACAGUUAAAAACAUUCCAGUGGUACCUGCAGCAGGAGGUCCUAGAAGGCUUCCCAGCAAUCCCAAAGAGUCGACUGGAGAAUGCAGACCGGACGGACACAGUGGAUCAGAUGCUCAAGAACUACAGCAUAAACACUAUUAAAGUGACCCGAAUAGUAUUAGUGAAGAUUGGUGAGAAUGAUCUAGUGAAGAGUUUAUCAACAACCAAAUCAGAACCCAAAGAGAUUCUUACUGAGUGUCAGCGGAAACUCAAAUCCAACUUUCAAAAGAAGUUCCAGAAUGUGUUUGAGGGAAUCGCUGAAGCAGGAAACAAAACCCCUGUGAAUGAGAUGUACACAGAGCUCUACAUCACAGAGGGAGGGACUGCAGAGGUCAAUGAUGAACAUGAGGUCAGACAGAUUGAAACAGCAUCCAGGAAACCACACAGACCAGAAACAACCAUCAGACAAGAAGACCUCUUUAAAGCCUCACCUGGAGGAGAGGAACCAAUCAGAACAGUGAUGACAAAGGGAGUGGCUGGCAUUGGGAAAACAGUCUUAACACAGAAGUUCCCUCUGGACUGGGCUGAAGACAAAGACCACCAGGACAUACAGUUCACAUUUCCAUUCACUUUCAGAGAGCUGAAUGUGCUGAAAGAGAAACAGUUCAGCUUGGUGGAACUUGUUCAUCACUUCUUCAGUGAAACCAAAGAAGCAGGAAUCUGCAGGUUUGAAGAGUUCCUGGUUCUGUUCAUCUUUGACGGUUUGGAUGAGUGUCGACUUCCUCUGGACUUCCACCACAAUGAGGUCCUGACUGAUGUUACAGAGUCCACCUCAGUGGAUGUGCUGCUGACAAACCUCUUCAGGGGGAAACUGCUUCCCUCUGCUCGCCUCUGGAUAACAACACGACCUGCAGCAGCCAAUCAGAUCCCUCCUGAGUGUGUUGGCAUGGUGACAGAGGUCAGAGGGUUCACUGACCCACAGAAGAAGGAGUACUUCAGGAAGAGAUUCAGAGAUGAGGAGCAGGCCAGUAGGAUCAUCUCCCACAUCAAGACCUCACGAAGCCUCCACAUCAUGUGCCACAUCCCAGUCUUCUGCUGGAUCACUGCUGGAGUUCUGGAGGAUGUGUUGAAGACCAGAGAGGGAGGAGAGCUGCCCAAGACCCUGACUGAGAUGUACAUCCACUUCCUGGUGGUUCAGUCCAAACUGAAGAAGGUCAAGUAUGAUGGAGGAGCUGAGACAGAUCCACACUGGAGUCCAGAGAGCAAAAAGAUGACUGAGUCUCUGGGAAAACUGGCUUUUGAUCAGCUGCAGAAAGGCAACCUGAUCUUCUAUGAAUCCGACCUCACAGAGUGUGGCAUCGAUAUCAGAACAGCCUCAAAGUACUCAGGAGUGUUCACACAGGUCUUUAGAGAGGAGAGAGGACUGUACCAUAAUACAGUGUUCUGCUUUGUCCAUCUGAGUGUUCAGGAGUUUCUGGCUGCUCUUCAUGUCCAUCUAACCUUCAUCAACUCUGGAGUCAAUCUGCUGACAGAAGAACAAACAACCUCCUCUUGGUUAAAAGUCUUCAGAAACAAAUCAAAACCAAAACCUCUCCACCUGAGUGCUGUGGACAAGGCCUUACAGAGUCCAAAUGGACACCUGGAGUUGUUCCUCCGCUUCCUCCUGGGUCUUUCACUGGAGACCAAUCAGGAACGCCUACGAGGUCUGCUGACACAGACAGGAAGUAGCUCACAGACCAAUCAGGAAACAGUCCAGUACAUCAAGAAGAAGUAAGUAAUCAGUAAGAAUGUGUCUCCAGAGAAAAGCAUCAAUCUGUUCCACUGUCUGAAUGAACUGAAUGAUGGUUCUCUAGUGGAGGAGAUCCAACAGUCCCUGAUUUCAGGACGUCUCUCCACAGAUGAACUGUCUCCUGCUCAGUGGUCAGCUCUGGUCUUCAUCUUACUGACAUCAGAAAAAGAUCUCGAUGUGUUUGAUUUGAAGAAAUACUCUGCUUCAGAGGAGGCUCUUCUGAGGCUGCUGCCAGUGAUCAAAGCCUCCAACAAAGCUCUGCUGAGUGACCGUAAACUCUCACAGAGAAGCUGUGAAGCUCUGUCCUCAGUCCUCAGCUCCCAGUCCUCUAGUCUGAAAGAGCUGGACCUGAGUGACAACAACCUGAAGGACAAAGGAGUAAAGCUGCUUUCUGCUGGACUGGAGAGUCCAGACUGUACACUUGAAACUCUCAGUCUGUCACACUGUGAGAUCACAGAGGAAGGCUGUUCUUCUCUGGGCUCAGCUCUGAAGUCAAACCCCUCCCAUCUGAGAGAACUGGAUUUGAGUAGAAACUAGUGCAGCACCUUCAUGUUUCAUCAAUAACUCUAUUUGAUUUAUCUACGUAUAGAUCCAUAAAGUGAUACAUUUUCUGGUAAUAUGUUCCACUUCACAUCAGCUGCCUCGUUGUCUGCAUGUCAUCCUCUACAAUCAUGAAAUGGUCAACUUGUCUGGCUUCAUCCUGCUGUUGGAUGGAUUACUGAACAGGCCUACCGGGCACAGGCCCAGGGGCCCAAAGUGUCAGGGGCCCCCCUGAGCUUCACCUACGA